AUGGACAUACGGGAUCUCCACAACAUACCAUAUGAUAGGCACGCGGAAUACAAGCUGGAAAAUAAGUUGGAAAGCCUUGAUCUUAACGGCCAGAGAUCCGAGAUACGAUCCCUCCUGAUCUCGGUUGGCACAGAUCUAAAUCUGGCAGCUGACGAACCAUAUGGAAAUGCUGACCAGUCCAUCAUUGUUGAUUCCAAGGACCGUGAUCGUGCUCGAGAGCUCUUUGCCAUUGGCGCUGACAUUCCUGCGACGGGAAACGCUUCUGCUUUUUCGUCCUUUGCCAUGAAUUGUAUGCAAGGUAACUUUGCACUUGUUCGAUCUUGUCUGGAACAGAUUUGUGAUGGUCUGCCACAACCGUUGAGCAAACAAGAGCGUCUCAGGAAUGUGUUGGAAUCUCGAGAAACAUCCCUUCGAUUAAGUCCAUUGCUGCUGAUGGUGUCAGCAGCGAAGCAUUUCCCUGAAGCCGAACAGUCCAAAGCUGCUAAACUUUUGCUGCGUUAUGGAGCAAGUCCAGAUGCAAAAGAUGUUUUGGGCAAGACGGUGGUUCAUUACGGAGCUGGAGCCAUGGCAACUCGUAUGACGAUGGAAAUUGCUGGCAUGUGUAUUAAAGCGGCCGAAAGCUCAGACAUGUACGGCAAAAGUGCCAAACUAGAAGCCUUACAAAAUGCGGCCAUGAAUGGAAAGAUAGGAGUGGUCGGUGGAUUCGACGUGGAUUCGGGGCGACGGGGGAUCUACAUUCCUGAAUUGAAGAAGGAAUUAUGGGUGAAGCCAAACAAUCUUCGUAUCACCACAAAAGCAGUCGAGCCGGAUCCAACGUCAAACCUCAGUGGAAGAGAGGCUGUGCUGGAGGGGUUGAAGGAUGAUAAAAUGAAUGGAAAAGAGGGAAUUCUCGGCAAGUAUGACCCCAAACAACAACGUCGGUCGAUGUAUAUUCCUGAAUUGAAGAAACAGGUGUUGGCAAAGCCAGUGAACAUUCGGCUUUCCAAAAACAAGCCAAAGCUUACCGAUGUAAAAGACCGAUUUGGUGGCGUCUCCCUUCACGAAGUCAUGAUGGGCAAUCGGGUCGAUGUCGCAGAGUUUCUUUUAGAAACCCACGGGACAAGUAUCCAUACAAAGGACGUGGAUGGGAUAUCGCCCAUGACGAUGACUAUGGGUGGAGGAAUGAUGUUGAGCACCCAAGUGGGCAAAAUGAUAUCGAUAAUUGCUAGAGCCGAGGCUGCCGCCGGCCGCAAGGAGGCCAAGAAGACCAAAAGUAACGAAAAGGAUUCCGGCAACCAUUGUGCGAGCUGUCACAAGCCCUUGGGCACAGGUGGCAUGUCCUGCUCCAAAUGUACCAUCACGUACUAUUGCGGCCGUGACUGUCAACUAAAGCAUUGGAAAGAGGGCGGUCACAAGCAAGAAUGCAAAAAGAUUGCUGCCCAAAAGUUUGGUGUGAAGCUUUCUGCCAAUCAUUGUGAGACUCAAAUUUCAUCGGUGGUGUCAUUCAACACACGUCAAACUAGCAAAGAUAGUUUUCGCAAACCGCGAGGCGUCUUGUUUGAUGAAAAGUUUGUCGUCAAGGUUCAAUGUAACAGCAAACUUUCCCCAAUGAUGAUUUAUGAUGAGAGUCGACAAUGUCAGUUUGGCUACAAGCCAACAGGACCGGGAUUCUCAGAGGUGUUUGAAACAGUCCAAAACGAGCCAACCUGGGAAGGACGAAAGACAUUCAUGAAGGCAUCCUUCAACAAGGCUGGAGAAUGUACCAUGUAUCCAGCUACUGCAGGUGUCAAGAACAAGUAUUCCUGGUAG